CCCCCAUCAGCGUUGAAGCCUGCCUUCACCGUCCGUCCGUCCCCACGGCCGCCGCGCCGCUUUCCUCGUUCCCGCCCCACGCCCACCCCUGCCGCCGGGUAGCUUAAUCCAGCACCGAGGCGGGAGAAGUGAUAAUUAUCACAACUCGCAGCGGUAGGCCAGUGAUGUCGGAGACGGCGGCGCCGAUCGGCCUGUCAUGGGCGCCCAAGCUGCCUUCCCUAGCAACGACGAGCGGUGGCAGCAAGAGCGACCCGGCGCCGAAAACGAGCACCGCGCAGGGGUCGAUCUGGAAGCCCGCGAGCGAGCUCGUGGACGGGCUGUUCGUGCCACCGAUAGACCCCAGGAAGGUUAACAAGCUCGCCAGGAAGAAUGUCAAGGACACCACCGGCAAGGGCUGGUUCGACAUGCCGGCGCCGAGCAUCACUCCCGAGUUGAAGAAAGAUCUCGAGAUUUUGCAGCUGAGGCAUGUAAUGGACCCAAAAAGGCACUUCAAGAGGGCAGGAAAGUCCAAGGCCCUUCCCAGGUACUUCCAAGUUGGUACAGUUGUUGAGCCUCCAUCUGAGUUCUACUCAGGUAGGCUGACUAAGAGGGAGAGGAAAACAACAUUGGUUGAUGAGCUGUUAUCGGAUCAAUCUCAUAAGAGCUACAGGAAGCGCAAGGUACGGGAAAUCCAGGAGAGUCGUACGCCAGGAGGCAACCAAAAGUGGAAGAACAAGGGGAAGCAAACACUUAAGAGGGCCAAGGAUAGGCGAAAAUGAGAUUGGUGUGUCAACUGCUUCGAUCCUGAGAAAGAAGAGAGUGGAGAGAUGGAUAAAGGGUCACCUUCAAGUCGCACUAUAUACUCUGUCUCGAUUUGACGGUAUAAAUUGUGAUUCCAGUGUAAUGUGGUGAACUUCAGCAACAUGUUGAUUGCUGAAUGCAUUUUCAGGUCUAAAUAUUUUUAAAGUAGUAGUGUAGCAUCAGAAUUAAGAAAUGUUGGUUGGUGGACUCGUUUCCUCUGUCAAGUGGCCCCGGAUAUUGCGUAAUGUUUUCCUUUGUUGUUGGUGAUGCUAGUUGUGGGCCAAUAAAAUCUUUUCAGCUCA